AUGGUUACACCUACAGUCCACUACAGCCCAGUACAGUCCACUACAGCCCACUACAGCCCAGUACAGUCCACUACAGCCCAGUACAGUCCACUACAGCCCACUACAGCCUACAGUACAGCCCAGUACAGUCCACUACAGCCCAGUACAGUCCACUACAGCCCACUACAGCCCAGUACAGUCCACUACAGCCCAGUACAGUCCACUACAGCCCAGUACAGUCCACUACAGCCCACUACAGCCCAGUACAGUCCACUACAGCCCAGUACAGUCCACUACAGCCCAGUACAGUCCACUACAGCCCACUACAGUCCACUACAGCCCAGUACAGUCCACUACAGUCCCCAGUACAGUCAGUACAGUCCACUACAGUCCACUACAGCCCAGUACAGUCCACUACAGCCCACCAGUACAGUCCAGUACAGCCCAGUACAGCCCAGUACAGUCCACUACAGUACAGUCCACUACACAGUCCACUACAGUCCAGUACAGUCCACUACAGCCCAGUACAGUCCAGUACAGUCCAGUACCAUGCCGGCUCUUACUCUGAAGUGCACUUCCUGUUGUGGGUCCGGAGCCGCCGCUGGUCGCUGCUGGAGAAGAGAAGCCGUGAACCCGAUGGAGCCGUCAGCCGGCUGCCCCUGUUCCUCUGAGCCGGGCAGCCCUGCAGCUCUGAGCCGAGGCUGCCUGCUGGACCCGGCCGACGUCCUCUACCAUGACCUGUCCAUCCUCGUCCCAGAGACACCCAGCCCUCAGCUGGGUAAGCGGAGGAGGCGCGGUCGCGUCCCGGAGGAAGCGUUCAGUCCUCUGUCCGUCGUCGGAUCUCCAGGACGACCAGAUCCAUCCCAUAAAUCCAAACGCAGACGUCUGGCUGCGGCGAUGGGCGAGCAGAGCGUCGGCUUUGUUCCAGCUUCGUCUCUCCGGGCGUUUCCUUUGGGCAGCUGGCUGGAGGCGCCGCUGUCCACCGCGUCCUGCUCCUCCUCGUCCUCAUCUUUAUCAUCUUCCUCCUCGUCCUCAUCUUCCUCCUCUUCCUCCUCCUACCUCACACCCAUAUCAGAGGAGGAAGUGGAGGUGGCGAGCUCCACUGUAGAAAACAGUCCCGCUCGUCUCAGCCGGAGGACGACGUCGGAGACGGCUUCACCGCCGCCGUCCUCCUCCGAGUCGCUGUCCUUCCUGACCGCAGAUGAGAGGAGGUGGCUGAACGGGGAGCAGGGAAGCACCUCCGCAGCUCCGGAGGAGAUCGUCAUCAGUGACGAUGACGAGGCCGUGGUUCGCUCGGCUCAGGAGGAGGAAGACGAGGCGAUGGCCCGAAGUCUUCAGGCCCAGUUUGACCAGGAGGAGACACACAGACACCAUCACCACCUCCAUCACCUUCAUCAUCAGCAUCAUCAUCAUCAGCAGCUUCACCACCAUCACCUCCAUCAGCAGAGCCACCCCAUGUUCCAGCCCUACAUGGAGCCCAGCUGGAUGCCUCACCUGCUGGCUGCCGUCUCUCCUCUGGUCGACUUCAACGACGAUCUGAUUGGUCGACACAGACGACGUGGGCGGGGCAGGAGGAGGAACGCCGAGCCGGAGCUUUCAGAAGACGUCCAGGGGAACGACUAUGAGGCUCUCCUGGCGUUCGAGGAGCGUCAAGGUUCCGUCGUGUCCAAAAAGUUGAGUCGGAGAGAAAUCCAGAGGUUUCCCACCAAAACCUUCAAGUCCUCCAACAGCGCCGGGAACACCCAGUGUCAGAUCUGUUUCUGUGACUACACUGACGGGGAGAAGCUGAGGAUGCUGCCCUGUUUCCAUGACUACCACGUCCCGUGUAUCGACCGAUGGUUGAAGGAUAACAGCACCUGUCCCAUCUGCAGAGCUAACCUGGCCGACGGUGCCGCCUUCGCCCCCCCGCCCCUCUGACCUCUGACCUCCUCC